UCCUGAGGACCUUGCUAUAUGGCCUUACAGUUUAAGUUUCGUUUUCUGACUGACGAUGACCUAAUGACCUGCUGCCAACUAAAUCAUUUUGUGUGUGUGCUAUAAACGAAAAAACUAAAAGUGCAAAAUAAAAAUAAAAUAAAUAAAUACAAAAUGAUUAUAGUAAAAGAUUUGAUGGAUCAACAUUUCCUAGUACACCGGAGACACAGCCAGCUAUUUAGAGUUGUUCGCCAUUGUGGAAAAUCUCCAAUGAAUGACUUUGUUCUCUACUGAUGGCGUCACUGCAGGAUUCAAAGGCUGGGCAUGACAAUGCUGAGCUUCUCGAGACUCCAUGUACAAGUUGUCCUUCCAUUGUUUUCUAUGUCAGAAAACAUCAUGAACACCAGUGAGAGCUUUCUGUCUAACAUUGGUACCACAGACCAAACACUUCUCAAUGACUUAACUCAAGUCUACACUACAGUUGGUCAGGUGACACGUCUCUCAACAGUUGGAUCUUCCCCACCCACUACACCGUGUCCUCUAGACAAUUUUGCCUGCCAGCCUCUUAUUAUUGCUGCCGUCAAUUUCAAUAUCUAUGGAGCGUAUGUUGCCUAUGCACUUGGUAUUCCGGGCAACGCACUGGCCUGUAUAAUCCUUGCAAAAAUGAAGCCUUUCAAUUCUUCAAUUAUCUGGCUGAUUAUUUUGACAUUCACAGAUUUUUUAAACCUGACCAUGAGGUUUGUCAACGGACGUGUGCCUGGCUAUGAAGACUGGUCUUGUCGUAUGUUCUACAUCUUUGGACAGACCUUUACCUUCACUUCUUACCUGUAUGUCCUUGGUUUAACAUGCGAACGUUUUAUCGCUGUCCAGUUUCCACUCAAGAUGAAUCAAUGGUGUACAAUCCGGCGAUCAAUCCUGGCUGUGUCCAUCUGUCUGGUCAUUUGUCUGGGUCAAUCACUUUACGUCAUUGAAGUCUACAGAGCCAAUUUUUUCAAAGAUUGUGUCUUAAGAGAGAAAUAUAAAGACACCUGGGGAUAUCUGUAUGAAAACUUUUUCCAAACGACAGUCUUGAAGCUGCUGCCAAUAGUUCUACUUAUCCUUCUCAAUAUUCUCAUUGUACGGCGUCUUAAUAGAGCAAAAAAAGUUCAGUCCAAAAUGACAGAGUCACUCAACAAAGACAAAGCAAGGCAACAAAAACAGAUUAACCGAAUGUUGACGGCCAGUUCCAUUUGUUUGUUCAUCUGUGUCAUGCCAGAAAUUCUGUACUGCUACUGCAACCCACUGAUUGAGUACAGCCCCUUCGGAAAUCGAAGUAGAAUUAUUCUGAUCAAUGUCUACAGUGUGAUGAAAUUAUACAACAGCGCCCUCAACUUUCUGCUCUACUUUAUUGCAGCCAGUAAAUUUAGAUCUGAAUUCUUAAGUCUUGUAACUUGCAAUCGUUUGGGCAGAAAAGAGCAAACUGGCAAGUCCACGUUACACAAUGUUACAUCUGUGACUAAAGCAACAUCUGUUGGUUACAGCCCCACCGUGAGCUAGACUCCUCCUUUGUUACAGAACCAAGACCGGACUGACACAAUCAACAUCCACCUCCCUUUUUUUUCCAAAAGAUUUCAAUUACUGUUGAAUUUUUUUUUUACUUUUUGGAAAUCAAAACAUUGAGACUUACUGAACACUCUAUUGUGUGUCAUUCAGUCAUUGGUAGGCAGGGCUUCUCUAAUACCAAGGCUUUGCUAACGUUAUGUGUUAAAGAGACCAGUGAUUGUGACUCAGCAAGUUGGUGAUCUAUUGAUAGCUAUGAGCUACACUAUACUGCUCAUAGUAGUUAAUAUUUAUAUUAUACUUUACUGAUGUAAAAAAACAACAACAUUGUAACUCUUGCCAAAUAUGAUUAUGCGCAUAAAUAAAUAUAUAUAUAUAACUAUACACAUACAUAUCAACAUACAUACCUAACUCUACUUUACAUUUAUGUUGGUUCUGUAAUUCUGUAUGUUCCCGCUGCUCUCCAUGAACAGUCCAAUAAGAUCUCUGCCACUUCCUACAACUUUAAGGACGCUCUUACAAUUUAGAUUUGGCUACCUUCCACAAAUAAAUCACUUUUUUUUUCUACUUUUAGUGCGUUUUAAUAUAACAUUGUUUUUGGUUGUUUUUUUUCAAUUUAUUAUUUUAGCCUUUUUAGUCUUUUAUUUUUACUCUCGUAUAGGACAACUAAGCCAAUGCAUUUUGUCAGAGAAAUAAUCAUUUGUGUUUAUCGUAUACAAUACAAUGUUGAUGACCAAAUCCAUUAAAAAAAAUUUCUAUAAAUAUU